CUUGUCCCCCAACAAAAGGAAAAAGAUCUGUAGUUACGCUCGCGAUGGACCAACCUCCAACCCCAAUGUCCCCCGGUCGCUUUGGCAAGGGUCCGCCGCUCAGCCAAGCCUCGGCCUGGCCAAACGGGACCCCCACAGCAAGGAGACAUUCCCCGAGGAUCGGGGUCGCUCCCGGUAUUUCUCCGAGGCGGAAGGCGGCCGCGCCUCCUGGUCCCCCGCGGUGUUUACCGGUUGCCCCAGGAGACAAACUGGCGGGUUCCCGGAGCAGCCGCCAAGCUCUCCGAGGUUUGGGUCCGAGCGCGCCGCGGGGCUCCAGGGCCGGCAUGAGCCGCCGUGCCCCCUCCGGCCGCCCCAGGCGCCUGGACCCGACCAGUGGUGCCUCGUCGCCCGCGCCCGAGUUUAGAGAAUACUUCAUCGGAUAAUCUUAUAAGCCAGGGAGGCCAGACAGGAGUUUCCCAUUAUGUGGACAAUGAAACGGCUUAUUUAAUUAGCUC